CCUCGGGGAGCAGUCUCCGGGCAGCGCAGGUGCCCAGGGGUCCGGCAGCGCCUCGGCCUUGAUGCCCGCAGCAGCUCCGGGGGCUCUCUGAGGCUCGGGGGCAGCAGGGAUGUCGCUCAGCAGAAGGAACUGGUCCGAUCUCUCCAGCCUGGCCAGGCAGAGGACCCUUGAGGAUGAAGAGGAGCAGCAAAGAGAGCGCCGGCGAAGGCACCGGAACCUGCUGUCCUCAUCCUCGUCGGUGGAUGAAGAGCCUCUGAGCCCUGUGAAAGACACCAGUCCAGCUCCCAGCAGGGCUCAGGGCAAGGCGGUGGCCCCGGAGGACGGCAAGGAGAGGAAGCUCUCAGAGGUGCUGAACACACAAGAAGGGAGAAGGCCAAGGGCCCCGCUGGCCAUCUCUGAAAAGCUGAGGCAGGAGAAGGAGCAGCAGGAGCCCGGGGUGGGAGCCAGCCGUGUGGAGCCAGGGACACAGCCGCCUGUGGGGCAGGACAGCAUCCAGGCUGCAGAGCACGGCCGAGAUGCGGCCAAGGGCAGGCAGCAGCCACCGGCAGAGCGGCAGCCGGCGCCAGCCGCGGAGAGGAAGGUGGUGCUGAGGGCACAGCUCCAGGACAAAGAGGGACAAGGCGUGGGAGCACCCCGGGGGGAGCAGAGGAAGCAGGUGGGGGACCCCCAGCAGCCGCCGGAGGUGGGGGGCUGCCGGCUGCGCGAGGUGAAGAUCCUGAGCCGGCAGGGCAGCCGCAGCCGGCAGGAGAAGGCAGCCGCGGUGCGGAGCUCCUCGCCGGACCAGCAGCAACCAUCCAGGAGUCCCUCAAAGGUGGUCAUACAGCUGUCUGCCACCCAAGAGGAGCCCACAGAGAAGUCAGAUACUUCUCCAACUCACAUCAGCUCCAUCAGGAGAACCAGCCCAAGAACUGUCUCCUUUCGGAUGAUCUCAAGGAAGCAGAAAGAAGAAAGCCAAAGCCCUCUCACAAGGAGUGCCAGUCUGAGGAUCCCAGGGAGCAGCACCACCAUUGGGGAGAAGCUGGAGAAGUACAACUCAGCCGUGCAGCGCUCAGAGGUGGUGAAGUCAUCCCUGACUGUCCAGAAGGGGCUGGUGCUGUCCUCGGAGGGGGUGGCCAGCAAGCGCAGCUUCUUCGAGGCCAGCAAGGCUGAGCCCCUGGCUGCCAGGAAGGACAGCUUGAAGAUCCCCGGCUCGGUGACGUCCCGCAUCAACCUGUGGAUCAGCCGCAGCCAGGAGCCUGCCAAGGAGGAAAAGAGCAAGGACAUCAGGAGAAUCAACAGCCUGGCAGCCAGGGAUGUCUGGGUGAAGCGGUCUGGAGACAGCCCUGGAGACACCAAGUUGUAAUCAAAUCAGCUGGUCUGGUUAGACCUGGUUUGCUCUGGAGAUCAAAGCCCAGCCCUGCCCAGCCAUCCAGCAGCUCACUGCCAGGAGAGCCUCCCCUGCCAUGUGGAGGUGCAGCACAGGUCACCAGGGGCUCCUGCUUGUGGGAUGGAAAGGAGGAAGGCUGGAAGAUGAUCCCUGUGCCCCCAGGCCUCACCUG